GCGCACAUUUCGUGGCAAAGUUUUCAACAUGUAUAUUUAUGAUAAGCAAACUUACUAGUGGAUUUGUGUUUUUAGAUGUUUACGAGCUUCUUUGUUAAGCUGACCAACUCGACCGAGCUUGCUAGCUGCAGCGCUGCCUCGGUAGCUCAUUGAAUUGAUGUGUUUAAGUUAUUAAGGAGAAAUGUCGUUCAGAGGAGGGGGAAGAGGUGGAGGCUUUAACCGGGGUGGAGGAGGCAGAGGCGGCGGAGGAUUUGGUGGUCGAGGCGGUGGAGGAGGAUUUGGUGGUCGAGGCGGCGGCGGAGGCUUCCGCGGAGGUGGCAGGGGGGGCUUCAACAGACAGCAAGACUAUGGUCCCCCAGAACAUGUCGUGGCACUCGGAGAGUUCAUGCAUCCGUGUGAGGACGACAUCGUGUGUAAGUGUACAACAGAGGAGAAUAAAGUCCCCUACUUCAACGCCCCAGUGUACCUGGAAAACAAGGAGCAGAUAGGCAAAGUGGAUGAAAUAUUCGGACAGCUGCGUGACUUUUAUUUUUCAGUCAAGCUCUCCGAAAAUAUGAAGGCGUCUUCAUUCAAGAAAAUGCAGAAGUUCUAUAUAGACCCAAUGAAGCUCCUCCCCCUGCAGAGGUUCCUCCCCCGGCCGCCAGGAGAGAAAGGUCCACCAAGAGGAGGCCGAGGUGGGGGUAGAGGUGGAGGAAGAGGAGGUGGUCGUGGAGGUGGAUUCCGAGGCGGCCGGGGCGGCGGCGGCCGUGGUGGAGGAUUUGGAGGCGGUGGACGGGGAGGAUUCAGAGGAAGAGGAGGAGGUGGUGGUGGCCGGGGAUUCAGAGGUGGGAGAUGAUGUAACGGCGGUGAUCUGGUGUGAUCUUCUCCUCCCUGUAUGCUGCUGCCCGAGUGAAAAGUUGUGGUUCGGUCCCAGAGCCUGGACUGAAGUCGCAAAAUAUAGACAUUAUAUCUUUUUAUACUACUUGAAUGGAGUUUUUUUUUUUUUUCUUAAUUUUGUACCAGUCCUGGACGAGCAGUGGAUCUCCAUGCAUUUUAUUUAAAGGACUCAGGUAUAUACUUGUGUGUAAAGAAAUGGUGAUCUUCAUGUCCAGCUGUCAGCAACCAAGGGAGUUUAAAGGUCACUCUGUGAUGAGGCAGGUCAACAUCUUACACCGUCUGUAUUAAAAUGCUCUGCCCAUGUCACAGGUGUUUGUACUUUAUGAUUUCAAGUUCAUGAGACUUUUGCCCGUACUUCAAAUUUUGGGGAUGUAUUUUUCCAAAAAAGGGGGGGAUAUAUGUUGAAGAUUCCUUAAUAUUCAAAAUGUGUAAAAUCUUAAGCUGAAUAUAAUCACUUUUUGUAAGAAAAAUCCAUGAUUAAAAGUUGCUUCACAGCUGUGUUUUGUGAAUUAUGUGAAACCUUGUAUGUGUGGAGCUGGGAUAGGGCAAAAAUCCUGAGCAGUUCUGGAGGUGGGUUGUUUCCUCUUCUUU